GGCCUGAGGAUCGAUUAAAUAGUCGUUAUUAUUUUGUGGUUUUGCAUUCACGAGAUAAAUUAAAUGGGGAAAGAGUAAAAGAUCUUAUUAAGGCAGAAAAUGCUAAGGGUCUAGCAGCACAAUGA